AAAGAGAAGCUGAAAGAGCAGGAGGAUGUCAUGGAAGCACGUUUUCUGGAGCGACUAGAGGCUUGUAAAGGGAAUGAAGGUUUAGUUGAUGAUGAAAUGUUACAGCAUGUGGAGAAGCUGAAGACUGAGAAUGAUCAGCUGCGAGAGGAGCUGCGUACUUUGCAGGAGGUCCACUCUGAGGAGAUGGAGGAACUUGCACGGGAGGCUGCGGACCGUAUUGCGGAGCACGAUGAGUUGCUGAAAGAGAAGCUGAAAGAGAAGGAGGAUGCCAUGGAAGCACGUUUUCUGGAGCGACUAGAGGCUUGUAAAGGGAAUGAAGGUUUAGUUGAUGAUGAAAUGUUACAGCAUGUGGAGAAGCUGAAGACUGAGAAUGAUCAGCUGCGAGAGGAGCUGCGUACUGUGCAGGAGGGCCACUCUGAGGAGAUGGAGGAACUUGCACGGGAGGCUGCGGACCGUAUUGCGGAGCACGAUGAGUUGCUGAAAGAGAAGCUGAAAGAGCAGGAGGAUGUCAUGGAAGCACGUUUUCUGGAGCGACUAGAGGCUUGUAAAGGGAAUGAAGGUUUAGUUGAUGAUGAAAUGUUACAGCAUGUGGAGAAGCUGAAGACUGAGAAUGAUCAGCUGCGAGAGGAGCUGCGUACUUUGCAGGAGGUCCACUCUGAGGAGAUGGAGGAACUUGCACGGGAGGCUGCGGACCGUAUUGCGGAGCACGAUGAGUUGCUGAAAGAGAAGCUGAAAGAGCAGGAGGAUGUCAUGGAAGCACGUUUUCUGGAGCGACUAGAGGCUUGUGAAGGGAAUGAAGGUUUAGUUGAUGAUGAAAUGUUACAGCAUGUGGAGAAGCUGAAGACUGAGAAUGAUCAGCUGCGAGAGGAGCUGCGUACUUUGCAGGAGGUCCACUCUGAGGAGAUGGAGGAACUUGCACGGGAGGCUGCGGACCGUAUUGCGGAGCACGAUGAGUUGCUGAAAGAGAAGCUGAAAGAGCAGGAGGAUUUCUAUGAAGAAUUGUUAAAGGAAAAGUCAAGAGUGGUACACGUGCCAGAGGAAGACACUACCGAGUUGAAUGGGGUUGAAUACUGGAAGAAGGAAUAUGAGAAGCUUUAUGAACGCUGUGAGCAGCUGCAAAGUGAACUUGAGAAUGUAUUGCGAAAUACUGCUGAGCAGGGUGAGAGGUUACGUGAACUAGAGUUGAAGGAACAACAGUGGCAAGAGAAAGAACGUCAUCUAGUGGAAAAAGUAGUGCAUGAGAAGUCCUCUGACGAGCCACAAGAUUCAAAUGAUGCCACUUUAAAUGAGCUUCAGUCUUUGGAAGGGGAAAUGAAGAAACUGCAUGAAAUGUUGGAACUUGAGAAGAAGGAACGGGUAUCACGUGAAGUAGAAUUACAAGAAUUACAGAAAAAACUGGAGUCAAUGGAGAAGGAAUACCGUAAUCUUGAACAAGAACAUCAGGAGACAGUGUCACUAUUGCAUCAGGGUGCUGCAAGCGUGGAGUCUGUUCUUCAAGAGAAGCAAGCUCGUAUUGAGGAACUGGAACUAACUAUUCAAAAAAUGUCACAACAGUUUGCAUCUUCUCAGGAUCAAUUACGUGUUAGUAUGGAAACACUACAACAAAGACAGAAGGAUUUGGAUGAAGCCCAACAACGUCACCUGGAGCUUGAAGCAGCAAAUCGUGAAGUAAACGCCGAACUUGUAGAACUUCGAUGGGUUUUAGAUGAUAAUCAGCGUGUGUGGAAACAACGAUUUGAGCGUAUGCAGAAUGAGGGUGAACAACAGCAGCGAACUGCAGCAGAGGAGACAAUCCAGGCACGUAUGGAACACCAACGAGAGAUAGAUUCACUUCGUGCUGAGAUUGAUGGGCUGCGUGAAGAAUUACAAUCAGCACAAGCCGUCGCCGCAGCACUACCUCUUGCGGAUGAAGGAAAUCGACACCAACUGGAACACUUGCGACAGCAGUUGAAUGAUGCACUCAGUGAGAGUACACGUGUGAAUGCAGAGAUUGAGAAGCUACACCGCCAGUUAGCCGAGAAGGACCGUAUUCUCCAUAGCAAAGAACGGGAACAGGAUUCACAGUAUAGUAGUAAUGAUGAGAAGAAUGAAGAAAUAGAUACUAUGACCUCAGAUGCACGCAUUAACUCUCUUCUACAACGAAAUGAAGCAUUAGAUGCAAAAGUACGUGAACUCAUGAAAGAUAAAGAGACACUACUUCAGGAAAAGGAUACCUUGGAGUUCUCAUUACAGAGUGCAACACGAAUGACAGAGGUACGAGAUCAAGCAUGUCUUCGACAAGCAGAUGAAGUAAAACGUGUACGAGCACAGAUUGCCACCAUGAAGGAUGACAUAUCCCAACGAGUACAGUUAUGUAAUACACUUCGUCAGGAAUUGCAAGAAGCACAACAACAAGUUUUAGAUCUUGCAGCGGCUUAUGAAGACUUACAAGCAACUACAUUUGCUGAACAUCGUCAAACACUUCAACAACAACAUGUAGAAGCUCUUAUAAUAGCCAAAACAAUGAGUAUUCCACGGGUUAUGCAGGAACUUAUGCAUGGGGCAAUGGAAGCCUAUCAGAGUUUGUUAUUACGCUUUUCAGAAACUCAGAAGAAACUUCGUGCCCGUUGUGAUGUGAUUGAGCAAACAGCCACUGAAGCUAUGAUAGAAGGGGAACGUCAAAGUCAAGAGUUCCUUACAGCUAUUGAAGAUGCGAGGAUUGAACAACAACAGUUAAAGGAGAUUAUUGAACGUCUUGAGGAAGAACUGAACACAGCGAAGAUAACAGCAGAAGAGGCAGUGGCAGAAGUUAUUUCAAUUAAAGAAGAACAAAAUGAAACAUUACGCACCCUACGUGAAGAAAAGUUUGCGUUACAACGUGAACUACAAGCUGCAAAACUUGAACAUGCUUCUCUUAUCAAUAAAUUAGAACUUUUACGAGAUGAGAAUGUAAACGCCGCACGUCUCCUUGAACAGGAAAAGGAAACGGCAGCACAAGUGACGGCAGAACAAAAACGAGAGGUGAAACGAUUACAAGAUGCGUUGCGCGAAAAAACUCAAAUAUAUCAAGAAACACAAACAACAAUUGAAGAACAAGUGAAAGAGGCAACACAACGAGCGGAACAGUAUGUAAUGGAGCGAGAUAAGGCGAUGAAUGAAAUACAUUCACUGCAGGUGAAACUAGAUCGUGUAUUACCACGUGUGGAACAAUUGGAAUCAGAGCGGGCCUUACGAGAAGCCGAGUUAAUAGACACAAAACAACAACUCACCGCCUUAACACAGUGGAGUACCUCAUCAGAUGAAGUCGCCCAACGGCAUAUAGAGAAUCUCAAUGCCACUGUAAGUGAUUUGCGUACGAAACUGGUGGCCCUACGUGGGGAGUGUGAUGAACAACAUGCGAUUGUGGAAAAACAGAAACUGGAAUUGGGAGCAUCGGAAACAGAAUUAAAUAGAUUACGUACACGCAUGGCUCAACAAGAACGUGAGGCGCAACUCGCACAAUCGCGAUUGGGUGAAUUGGAGUCUGCUUAUGCACAUGAUACCGGGGAUGCGGCGGCGAACUUGCGAGAUGCACAGCGACGGGUGGCAUCAUUGGAACAACGCAAUCAUACUUUACAGGAAGAAUUAGAAAGAUCUCAACAACAAUGUAAUUUAUUGCAGGAAAACUUCAGUAAAACAGAAGAGCAACUUCGGCGUCUAACAGAGGAUUACCGCAACACAGAUCAACAACAAAAACGACGUAUUCAAGAUUUAACAGAACGUAAUUUAUCAUUAGAAAAUGAAUUAGAGAAAUUACGAGAGACACAUACAACUCUUGAUACCGCUCAUGAAAAUUUACAACGUGAACUUCUAAAUACUAAAAAAGAUGGUGAACGUGCAUUACACUGUGCAGAAGAGGCUAAUCGACAUAAUAGACUUCUUCACAGGGAACUUCAAAAUCUUGAACAAUCUCAUGCGGCAGAGUUACAAGCCGUUCGAGAGACAUUAUCUGCUGUACAGGUGGAACUCACACAGUGUAGACGUACUCUGGUGGAGGCAGAGGCUCGUGAACAGGAACAGAAUCGCAAGGUAUAUGCUAUCACAAUGGAAAAGUCUCGAUGUGAAGAGGAGUUGAAUGGACUACGCCUACUGUUAGAGGAUGAACAGCAAUUAACAUCUCGGGAACGAUCUGAAAAACAGGAGAAAACAACACAAAUGCGAGCGGAGUUGAUACGAUUGCAGAACGCCAUGCAAGUUGCUCAAGGGGAAUAUAAAGUACUAGAGGCAAAAUAUGCACAACAAACAGAAAAGGCGGUAGCUAUGCAAAAUCAAUUAGAGAGUUUAUUGAGCCAACAGAGUACUGUUCAACGAGAAACUGCAGAAGAAAAAGAGAAGUUAACUGUAACAGUGAAGUCACUACGAAAAGAAUGUAUGGAUUUACAAUCAAGCCUUAAUAGCGCAGAGGAUGCAUUGGAACGAGAAAAGCAUGAGUAUCAACAAUACAGUGAAUGUAUGAGAAAUCGAGUAGAGGCAAACCAAUUGGCAGAGGAGACACUUCGUGCAGAAAACCAAGAUCUACGCAUAGAUAUAUCUUCUCUCGAGAAAAAGUUAAGUAUGGCUUCACAAAGCGUAAAAACUAUGGAAACCCAAUUGAAACGGCAGAAUGUUGAACUGCUUGCCGUAACGGAGGAGAUGGAGGAAUACAAAACGAAAUCCACUAUUUAUAUGGAGGAACGGAAUGAACUCCGUAAGACUCUACAGGAUAAAACUAUACAGUUAGAGCAGUUAACACGUACCAUCACUGCCGAUGUGGAUGCCGUACUUGCAGAGAAGCGACAAGAAGAAAUGGCAAUGCGGGAUGAAUAUGAAGAGAUAAUACGGCGUGAACAACAAGCCGCACAGGAGGCUCGUCAAGCCCGUGAACGUGCCCUCAACUCACUCGCACAAGAACAAAAGAAAUCAGAGGAGCUGCAGGCAGAAAAGGAUGAACUAUACCUGCAAUUACGUCAAGCACAAUCGCAGGUGGCCUCUACACAGGCGGAGGUGCACAAUGCAGUCGAACAGGCUGUAGAAGAGGUUGGUUUAUCACAACAUAAACUUUCACUUACUGCUGUUAUGAAUGAAUUACUGCUGCGUCUCAGUCGAUUUACACAUUCUACAAUUAUAUUAGAAGGUGAAAUCAUGCAAUUUGAGGCAUUUGAGGCGGCCUGUGAAGCCCAUACAGUGGCAUUGCGAGCUGUAACAGAAGCCGUGCGCUCAUCCUCACAAUCACAACAACAACAACAAUUAAAUCUAAGCAGCCGAAGUGCGGGUGGUAGUGUGCAUACAACAACUACAACAACUACCACUACUAAUACUACUGCUGCUACUAAUGCGAAUACGAAUAAUGCUACAAACAUUGCUGAUCCUACUACUCCUUCCUCACCCAUUGCGGCACUUAAUAGUAGCAUUAACAGUAGUAUUCGAACACCACAUCAUUCUCAUCAUCAUCAUCAUCAACAGCAGCAACAACAACAACAACGACCUCCCCUUCACUGUGGCCCACUCAUGCAAGAAAUCAUUAGCUCUGCCACUACGUAUAAUCAUCGUCUAAUGGAGCACAGACGCACUAUUCGUCAUGUGUUGGAAACAAUGGAAGCGGCACUUAUACACUGUGAACCAAAAACGGCUAUGGAAUCUGCACUUGCCAAAAUUAAACUUUUCCUUACUUCAACCUUAAGUGAAUUACACUUGCGUGUGGCCCGACAGACAGCACUAUUGCAACAGAUUGCAGACGGUGCUCUUGUAAUGAGUGGACUGCAGGAAGCAGUGAAGAUGAUGCGUGAGGAUGAGGAAUUCGGACUGCGACCCUUUAAUGAACUCUUACUUCCACUGACGAUGUGUUCACCAUCCUCUCCAUCCUCUUCAUCCCAGCGGCGAAUGAGUGAUGAGAGUGGUGCUGAAGGUGAUGUUCUUUCUUCGUUGGUAAGACCGAGAACGGUGACUAGUGAAAGUAAUAGUGGAGAUAAUAUGACGGUUAAUUCUUCAGUGAGACGGGAAGAGGUAAAACAGGAAAAUGAUCGUCUCUCACGUCUUGUUCAAAGUACCAGGAAACGUAUGGGAACUGCAGCUGUUCUCUCUGGAAACCGACGAGAAGGUCAAAGAGAUACUACUACCAUUGAUACUUUGUUGUCAACAAGAACUCUUCCUACUCCUUCUGCACAACGUGGAGGUAAAGAUGCUGGGGGUAUUAAUUCUACUCCGACCCCUGGGGGUGAUUUGAGAGAUGCUGUGUAA